UCUGUCUUUGGCAGUCUAACUCCCGGCUCGAGAGGAUCUCAGACUGGCAACAGCAAACCGACUCUGAUCUCUCCUGAAGACUUCUAGUGUGUGUUGUGUUGUUGAUGAGGACUCGUCCAGGACUGUCAUGUCCGUUGGGAACACACACCGGAGGAGCUCGGAUCGACCCCUGCUCCUGCUCCUGCUCCUGCUUUCUCUGGGCUCCCGGAUCUCAGCGUUUAACCUGGACGACAGCACCGUCCUCAUCAAGGAGGGCGAGCAGGGAAGCUUCUUCGGCUUCUCGUUGGCUUUACACCAGCAGAUCACACCUGAGCCGCACAGCUGGAUAUUGGUUGGGGCUCCUCAGGCCCGAGGCGUGGGAACUUUGCAGACCAUCCGUCCCGGUGCUCUGUAUCGCUGUCCAGUUACAUCGGAGAAGUGUGAACGGGUGGACAUCGAUGGAAAUGUGAGUCCGGAACAGAUGAGCAAAGACAACCAGUGGUUGGGAGUCACAGUCAAAAGUCAAGGGAUUGGUGGAAAAGUGGUGACAUGUGCUCACCUCUAUGAGCUCAGACAACAUGUCAACCAGAAGUUUGAGACCCGUGAUCCGAUCGGACGCUGUUAUGUGCUGAGUGAGGAUUUGACUGAGAGAGAUGAUCUGGACGGGGGAGAGUGGAAGUUUUGCGAAGGUCGUUCUCAUGGACACGAGCAGUUUGGGUUCUGUCAGCAGGGUCUGUCUGCUAGCUUCACACCGGACAAAAACUACAUCGUGUUCGGGGCUCCGGGUACCUACAACUGGAAAGGUCUAUUAUUUAUGGCCAGUCCUGUUGAGGACGCCCUGGUCUAUAAAACUCUGGAACCGUCCAAAAGCUCCUUCGAGGACGUCUCUCAGAACAGCUACCUGGGCUUCUCUGUGGACUCAGCCAAAGGUCUGAUGAGUAAGUCUGAGCUGACGCUGGUGGCCGGAGCUCCUCGAGCCAAUCACACAGGAGCCGUGGUUCUGCUGCGGAAGGACAACGUCUACCGGCUGAUGCCUGAGCAUAUUCUGUGGGGCGAGGAACUGGCCUCCUCCUUCGGCUAUUCUGUGGCCACUGCUGAUCUGAACAGCGAUGGUUGGACAGAUCUUGUAGUGGGAGCUCCCAAUUUCUUCGACCGAAAGGCAGAGAUUGGAGGAGCGGUGUAUGUGUUUCUGAACCCAGCCGGCCACUGGGAAAAGGCCCGCCCGAUCCGACUCAACGGGACGUGUGACUCCAUGUUCGGGAUGACCGUCGGCAGCACUGGAGAUCUGGACCGGGAUGGUUAUGAAGACAUUGCUGUCGGAGCCCCGUUUGAUGGAGACGGGAAAGUUUUUAUUUACCGUGGCUCUUCAUCUGGCAUUGAUACCAAACCUUCGCAGGUUCUGGAUGGGCUUAAUGCAGGAGUCAAGCGACUGGGCUAUUCUAUAUCUGGAGGACUAGAUGUUGAUGGGAAUUUUUAUCCAGAUCUAGCUGUCGGCUCCCUCAGUGAUAAGAUCGUGCUUUACAGGUCACGUCCAGUGGUCCACGUGAUCCGAGAGAUCUCCAUCGAGCCUCAGUACAUCGAUCUCACGCAGCAGAACUGCCAGGGCCACGACGGAGUUUGUGUGGACGUGAAGGCCUGCUACUCGUACACUGCGUAUCCAGACUCCUACUCGCCGCACAUCACUCUCGGGGUUCAUUUCGAGGCAGACGUGGAGCGCAGAAAGCUGAGUCUUCCUCACAGAGUUCAGUUCCUGGACCGCGGUUUAUCAGAGCCGGAGUUUGUUCAUUCUGUGGAAGUGGAGCUACGAGGACAAAAACAUCCGGACUGUCAGACCGUGACUUUAGUUGUGCAGGAAAACAUUGUGGACAAGCUGCGGCCCGUGUCUCUGGCGAUCACACACACUAUCCGGAGAAGCAGACACCGCCAUCACACGGGCCAUAACCAUAACCAUAACCAGCUGAGCCCUGUCCUGAGCCCCAGUCCCUCCAACACACUCUACUCCGAGGUUAACUUUGUCAGGGAAGGGUGUGGCGAGGAUAAAAUAUGCCAGAGCAACCUUCAGCUUGUCUAUCAGUUUGGCACAAAAGCACCCGUUUCACACGCCUUCACUCCUUUACCGCGAGACGGCUCUGAUGUGCCGGUGUUCUCUCUGUCGGAUCAGAGGUCAGUCGUGCUCGAGGUCACGGUGACGAACACGCCGUCGAACCCAGAAACCCCUCAGGAAGACGGAGACGAUGCUCACGCCGCGCAGCUGAUGGUGUCUCUGCCAAACACACUCUCGUACUCUGGACUCAUGGGACAGCAGGUGUUGUGUGAAGUCAAUCAGAACGGCUCUCAAGCGCUGUGUGAACUGGGUAAUCCGCUCAAAAGAGACGCGACGGUCAAAUUUUAUCUUAUUCUGAGCACUUCUGCGAUCACUAUACAAACUACUUCACUGAGUGUUCAUCUCGCACUGUCUACGAUCAGUGAGCAGCCGGCGUUGGCCCCCGUCACGGCGUACGCACGGGUGGUGAUCGAGCUUCCUCUGGUGCUCAGCGGACUGUCUCGUCCUCAUCGGAUGUUCUUCAGCGGAGCUGUGAUGGGCGAGAGCGCCAUGACAUCACUGGAGGACGUCGGCAGCGCAGUGGAAUAUGAGUUUAUUGUGUCUAAUGCUGGGCAGCCUCUGCAAACGUUCGGCUCGGCGUCUCUGAACAUCAUGUGGCCGUACGAGCUGAUCAACAAGAAGUGGCUGUUGUACCCAAGGUCUCUGCAGGUCGACGGACAUCCACACACUCUCUGUGAACCUCAGUCUGCGCUCGACCCUCUGCGUCUGGGCGAACAUCAAUCACCACAGGCUGAAAACCUCAAGAGCAGCAGAAAGGUGCGCUCGCAUCUGGAGACCGAAGCAGACGUGGGUCCCAAAAAGCCUGUGGGCAGAAUCACUCCAGCUGUGUCUGCGUCCGAGAGGAGGAAGUCUCUCACACUGGAUUGUUUACUGGGCUCUGCGCGCUGCCUGCUCUUCCGGUGUCCUCUAGACACGUUCUCCGACUCCAUCCAUAUCAGGAUCCGAGCAAACUUGUGGAACAGCACUUUCAUUGAGGAGUUUUCUUCUGUCAGUGCCGUGGAGCUGCUGGUCAGAGCCAACAUCACCAUUAAAUCCGACAUCAGGCAUCUAGUGCUGAAGGACGCCGCCACACAGGUGUCAGUGAUGGUUUACCCAGAGCAUGGGCUCGCAGACCAGCACUCGAUCCCGUGGUGGAUCAUUCUCAUCGCCGUCCUGGCUGGAGUUAUUGUUCUGGCGCUGCUCGUGUGUGUACUGUGGAAGUGUGGUUUCUUCCAUAGGGUUCGGUAUGAAGAUCAAGUGCCCCAGUAUCAGGCUGUGAAGAUCCUGCGGCAAGAGACGCCAUUUCUGGACAAGACUUUUAUUUUGCACAAAAAGCAAUGGGCCACCCACUGGAGUGAUGGGACAAUAUAAUAUUCCUCAGAAACAUGGACGCUGACCAGAGACUGCAGUGGACUUGCACUGACCAUAAACACACACUGCUACACAUUUUUAUUGUAAGUUGCGUUUUCUUCAGUGUUCUGCAGAUCGAAAGAACAUUUUUGGAGGACAGCUGGAUCUAGCUGGAGAUAGACAGUAUAUAAAUGGGAAUAUGCAGCUAGUAUUAAAGGUGUUAUUUAAUAUAAUAAUGUUAUAUUGAGUGUGAUGUGUCUGUAAACUCAUAAAAGAGCUGCAGUUCUGUGUCACGCUUCAGUUCAGGGCCUUUUGAAGCAGUUGGACAUUGAAACAUGGGUCUUCAUAUUUCAUCAUCACCAGAACGAUAAAGUUUUCAGUUCAUAUGAAACUUGGCACACAUCAUCCUAAGACCCUCAUGACAUAAAGUUAAUUGUAUUUGUA